AUGAGGAAGACAUCAACUUUAGUCACCCCUUUUAGUCGGUACCAGACGCUUUCCCUCUUAACGGCGUCAGUCUGUUUGGGUCUUCUUGUCGUGUUCCAGGGCGGCACGGGUCUGCUGCACAACUACCAGACUCGCCUGCAGAAUGUGAUGGCCUCGAUGACUUGGCCCAACUCAUCCUUCCUCGAUGAGGCCUCGGAGCACGUCUGGCGUCCGGACGGCGUCGCGACCGGCUGGUCGAGUGGCCGGGACCAGCAGACCUCGAGGCCGCAAUCAGAGUCUGCGGCAGCGGAUGAUGAAGAAUCGAGGCGGUGCCGUCUGAGCUGCGGCGGACUGUCGCAGACGAGCAGUGGCGCCGGCUCCCUCAACCGGCUCGGCUGGCGGCCCAGCGGCCCGCAGUCUGCCGGCGUCUCUCGGUCCGGCUCUCGGGACCACGUACCCCACGGCUUUGGUACCCCCGCCGCCUCCUCCUCCCCGCUCGCCUACACCAGCCUCUCCGCCCUCUCCGGCCUCUCCGGCCUCUCCGGCUGGUCCGGCCUCGAGAUCGGCUGCGUAUCGGGCCGCAGCGACGUCCGGCCCAGCCUCAGCAUGGACGCACUGGCCAGCUCCAUGGUUACCGACGGGACUCGCUGCCAAGUCGGACGAAUGACCAGCAGCCUCGGGCUCCACUCCGCCCCCUUUAGACACGCCGGCUCAUCGCUCUCCGCCUCCUCGGCCUCCAGCUUCGCCUGGCCCGGCCAAGUCCUGAGCCCGAGUCCCGCUCCGGCUUCGCUGGCGGAUCCGACUCUGGCCAAGCGCGCUUCUGGCCGU